AUGUCUGCUGCCGUCCUCGUCCCCCUCUCCCAAAUCAACCUCAACGGCGGCGUUCUGCCCCCGAGCGCCAUCACAACACAGCAAUCGCCCCGGCACGGCCGCAGCAGGGGCGCCAGCAUCGCCAAGGGCAAGAACAACCGCGGCCGCGGCUACAGCUUGGUCGACGACCGGCACACACAGGUCUCCAAGGCCGUAGUAUUCGUGCUCAAGCGCACGGCGCAGGACGAGGAGAGCAGCGAAGAUGGCAAGGUAGUAGCCGACGCCGACGGCUGGGUCGGCGUGGAGGACGUGCUCGCACACCCCAAGGUCUCAGCCCUCGGCGUCGCGCUCUCCGAGCUGAAGGAGGUCGUCGCCUCCGCCGCCGGCAAGGGCCGCCUCGCCCUCCGCCAGCUCGAGGACGCCAAGGACGCCGAGGCCCCGGCCUCAUACGAGAUCCGCCGCGCCGCCGCGCCGGCCCAGCCGGCCCACGAGGUGCUCUCGAGCCCCUCGCCCGUCUGGCCGCAGAUCGCGGCCGGCGCCGAGGACCUGCCCGAGUUCAUCGUCCACGAGACCUCGUACCCAAAGUACCACCUGAUCCUGACCUCGGGCAGCAUCAAGCGCGCCGGGGGCCAGCCGUACCUGUCCUUCGCGCCCGCCGACGACGAGACCGCCAACAGGUCGUCGUCGGCCGACGUCAGCAUCUGGAUCAAGCUCGCCGACGCCAUGGCCGCCCGCCCGGAGUCGGUCUGGCGCCGCGCCGACAACGGCCACAUCGUGACCUCGGACGAGGUCCCCAGGGCCCUGUGGACCAAGGCCGUCGCCCGCCGCGGCGACCUGGGCGUGCUGUACGAGAACGGCGAGGUGCGCAAGGAGGUGCCCGUCGGGCUCCGGGGCAAGGGCGCCAAGGCCAAGAAGGGCAAGGGCGUGCUCAAGAGCGGCCGCACCGGCGACGACGACGGCUCCGGCAGCGCCAGCGACGAGUAA